CCAUCCGCGCAAUUCACUCUCUCGCGACACGUGACAUCGCGCUACAGAUCCAAGGGGAGUCAACACGUCACGAGCGAAUCUUUAAAUUUGUCGCGUCUCGCACGAAGGAUCUGCGGACUAGCGCACGUGUGUCACUCGCGGGCAGGAGGGCCGCGUGUUGCAUUAUGUGCUCGUUUAUCGCCGCGUACACUUGUGGUCCGCGAAACCACGCGUACAUUCGAAUAAUUAUCGAACCGGCGGCUCUGGCGUGAGUACAACGAAUUCAACUAACCGGAUUACCAAUUCGACCACACUCGCCGCUCUCUGCCGCUUCGCGCACCUUUUAUCUAAUAUGUUGUUAUGGUGAAAGUUAUCAAUCGUAUGUUACGACUACUUGAGCGACGAUAUGUCGAUGACUGCUCCAGAAUUGAUGGUCAGACGACCGGUCUACCAGCAGGACGAGCUUAAUCACUUGUGCAAAUACGUAAAGCCCAAGAGAAUCCUUCGCAAUGAGAUCUCGAAACGAUGCAAAAGUAUCAAACCAGUUGCAGUUUUAAAAAAAACGAUACCGCUAAUUGACUGGCUUUCUACGUAUGACUGGAAGAACAAUAUCUUAGGAGAUGUUGUUGCUGGAAUUACUGUUGCUGUAAUGCAUAUUCCACAAGGUAUGGCAUAUGCAAUACUGGGCAAUGUUCCGCCGAUUGUCGGUAUAUACAUGGCUUUCUUCCCGGUUCUUGUGUACUUUUUUCUGGGCACAUCCAGACACAAUUCCAUGGGUACGUUUGCGCUCGUCUGCAUGAUGACUGGCAAAGUCGUUACGACAUACAGUAGCCCUGCAGUUUCGACAAAUAACACGUCAGCCGAGAACGGCACCUUAAUUUCCGACGUAGGCCAUCAAUACUCGCCAGUGGAAGUUGCAACCGUAGUAACAUUCACGGUUGCCGUUAUACAGUUAGGAAUGUACGUGCUGCGUUUGGGCGUAAUCUCGUCUCUCCUCGCGGACAGUCUCGUGAGUGGAUUCACGACUGCAGCGGCGAUGCACGUAUUUACAUCACAAAUAAAGGAUCUCUUUGGACUGAGCGACCUACCGCAUCGCAAGGGUGCAUUCAAACUUAUUCUCACUUAUGUAGAUGUUUUCAACAGUCUAAACAAUAUCAAUACAACAGCUGUGAUAUUAUCUUGCAUCACUGUCUUAGCACUUAUUUUCAACAACGAAGUUCUUAAGCCAAGGGUUUCAAAAUUAUGCCCCUUUCCAGUUCCGAUAGAAAUGCUCGCGGUGGUAAUCGGUACUGUAGUAUCGAUGCAAAUGAAUCUUGCGGAUACUUAUAACGUAAUAACAGUUGGUGUUAUACCAGUAGGGUUGCCAGUCCCGUCUGUGCCACCGAUGUCUCUUGUACCCAGCAUUUUAGUAGACAGUUUCGUAAUUACUAUGGUCGCUUAUACAAUAUCAAUGUCCAUGGCAUUGAUUUUCGCGCAAAAAGUGGGCUACGAGGUCGACUCUAAUCAAGAAUUGAUUGCGCAGGGAUUGGGGAACCUUGUGGGUUCUUUUUUUUCCUGCAUGCCCAUCACGGCUUCGUUAUCCAGGUCGUUGAUUCAGCAAACUGUAGGCGGACACACACAGCUCGCAAGCUUGAUAUCGUGCGGAAUUCUGGUGAGCGUAUUGCUGUGGAUUGGGCCGUUCUUUCAACCUUUACCACGUUGUGUUUUAGCAAGUAUAAUUGUGGUGGCGUUACAAGGCAUGCUGAUGAAGGUCACCGAAUUCGUGCAAUUUUGGAGAUUAGACAAGACGGAAGCCGCGAUUUGGGCCGCCACCUUUAUCGUGGUGAUUCUUUCCGACGUCGAGUACGGAUUGUUGGUCGGUGUGCUUCUGUGCGUCGGAAGAUUACUCGUCCUCGCUGUGCGACCUUACACGUGUAAGCUCGCCCUAGCACCAGGCACUGAGCUCUACUUGGAUACCAAAAGAUACAAAGGAACUGUAGAAAUUCCCGGCAUCAAAAUCUUUCACUAUUCCGGUAGUCUGAAUUUCGCAUCUAAACAAUACUUUCGUGAGGAGGUGUAUAAAGUUGCAGAGUUAAUACCCCAAAAGGAACGAAAGAAGCGGCUACAAGCGUGCAACGGCACCGCGGCGGAAGAAAUUAAAAAGCUACGCAUUCUCAUAUUGGAUUUCACCGCAAUGUCGCACAUCGAUCUGGCAGGCGCAAAUACCUUGCGAAAUAUUGUUGAUGAAUAUUGCAGUAUAGAAGUAUCUAUUUAUAUAACAGGUUGUUCCGGUCCUAUAUACGAAAGGAUGAGGAAGUUCACUCCGAUCGAACGUAACGAGAACCACUUUUUCGCCAUGUUCCCCACCGUUGCUGAUGCGGUACAUUUCGCGCGUUCUCACAGUGAAGUGCCGUCGACGCCCGCAUGGAGUACUUGCAUCCACGAUGAGAACUAUAUCAGCAGACUUUGAAACGACCGCGAAACGAGAAGUUGCUUGUACGCAACACCGAGAAGCGUUUCAUCAAACGCCAGUAACGCCGCGAAUAUUUAUUCUACGCCUCGCAAUGCAGCUUAUCGAUCUAAGAUGAUAAUAUUCGAUGCCAUGUACAUGCUAUGACGAUCGUUUGAUCAUUCACGGACAGUAAUACCGUAACCCCGGUGAUUUUGCAAAAUCUCGUUUCCCUCGCAUGACAAUAUCGUGUUAAAUUCAAAAGCGAUCGAAAUAACAAAUUAUCGGAAUAACAUUUCCAAAUUCUUAUUACAAUUGGAAACUUACGAUGCAUACAAAAUGAUAUAAGAUCGCGUGUAUGCAUCAUUUGUGUAUAUAUAUCUUUCAUUAUUUUAUCAGAAUUGUGAAGCUUGAGGGAUGGGGAGGGGGAACUUCUUUCUCUUUACGGAAAUUGUAUGAUGAUUGAGGAUGUCCUGCAUGUAGAACGACUAAUUGUAAGACUCAGUAUUUAUAAAGAACGAGAAUCGCUGGUUUACAGUGUGGACGACGUGCGAUACCGAAAUAUGAAGUCUAAUAGAACUAGCAAAAGCAAAUUUUAGAAAUUAAUCAUUUUUCUACUUGCACCGGAUACGUUUCAAGAGAAUAUCAGCUCAGAUAAAGAAGAAACAAGAAACGCCACAAAUGAAUACAAAAUCGAAUCUUAUUAUCUCGGCAAGUUUGGCGAUUUUAGGAGCUGCUCGCGAACAUGAUAUUCGGCAUAUUUAACGUAGAUACAAAAUAUUUCCGACAUCUUCCGCCGAAUAUAUUGAAUAACAACCCAAGUUCUACUUGUAUUUUUAAGGGAAAAAUGCCAAGCUGUAAUUGUUAUCAAGCGAGUCGUGUAAAAAUCAAUCUUUUGCUUUCUUUCAUUGCGUUGCUUAUUUAUUGUACUUAGCGAUGUUGUUUUCUUUAUUAUUUAUAUUUACAUUGCUUGAGAUAAGUUCACUGGUGUAUAAAAUUUCACUAGCAAACGAAAACUAAACGCCGAUGACUAUUAAUUAUAUAUUACUGUAAUUAUAUUACAGUAAUAAUAUUAUUGUAAUAUAAUACAGUAAUUAUAUUACAGUAAUAAGUGUUAUACAAAAAACUAAUAGCGUAAUAACGUCAUGAGCCUUAUUAUGAGAAGUAAUGUAAGAAAUGAAAUUUUAUUUAGGGGUUUUGUUUUAACUCUGUUGUUUAAACAAAUUUAUUCUGUUAAAAAAAUGAAUAACAUAAUAACGUUAUGAACUUUUAUUAUAAGAAGUAAUUCAAGAAAUUUAUAGGAAAAGUAUACUUUUAGGAAAUACAUUUUUUCUUCGUGAAAAAUUAGACAAAGAGAUAAUAAAUUCUAAGAAUUAUAAUCAAAAACAAUAUUAAAAUUUUCAAACUGUCAUACAUUCUUGUGUCUUUCACUAUUUCUUCUCUGUAUGUGUAUAUAAGCGUGCAAAAUAAUUAUAAAUUGAUAAACCUACCUCUGCUUAUAGAGAAACACUGCAAAAGACGAUUACAACAAAUUUAAUUCUUCGAAACAUACUGUUUUUAAAUUAUAUAAUUUACAAUUAUCAGUCUAUAAACGUUCGUAUAUAAAAGGCGAAAAAAGAAAGC